AUGGAGCGCAUGGCAGGCUCGAUGCCAACCUCUCCAACCCCCCCUGACGAACCUCCCCUCUCCGACACCCCAACAUCACUGAAGAUACCUGCUGAAUUGGAAAGGUAUUCACAAUGGAUUUCAGAAGAUUGGCGAGAACACACACCACCUACAGUCGAUAUAAGCUCUACAUCAGUCAGAGAACUUAAUGACGCUGCUAUUUGGACGAUGUACUACUACCGAGAACAUCAACUUCAACCUGAAGAAUUGUGGGAAUACCUGACGGAAGACUUCGAUAGAUGGACACGAGAUACCUAUACAAAACUUGAGAAAUUUAUUAUUCGAGAGUUGCGAGACUUUCUACGUCGAAAUGGCAUUUAUGUCAAGAAAAGACGAGGGUAUUCAGUUGCUAUGGCUAUUGAUGACACUCUUUCAUCUCCCGUGUUCCCGACAUGGAUGGAAGAUAAUGAGGUAAAACUACAGAUACCGGAUGAUGAUGUUAUUGAAGAGAGACCCUCUACACAAUUGACAAGGGAAUCUGUUGAAUUCGACACACGACGAACACGACAACGACCGCUUCGACCCCGUACGCCCGAACUGGUGGAUCCAUCUCGCCUUCCCUCAUCGAUUGAUAUCCCACGACGAUUAGACCUCUUAUCCAAAAGCUACCAUGAAAACGAGAAGUUCUCUGGGAAACAGGGCGAUUUCCUGCGUACCAAAUUGAAUCUCUUUACAGACAAGUGUCAAAGGCUAUUGCGAUUGCUGAACAGACAAAACCGUCACGACAACAUGUCUUCUAUACCGAUCGAGCAUUCCGCCGCGGCCAAUACCCUCCAAACAACCGAACGAGAAUACCUCAUAUAG